GGAUCCGGCGAGGGGAGGGAGGGAAGGCUGCGGGAACAGCCGCGCGGCCGACAGGAAACGCUCCGCGGACGCGCGCGGAGGGCUCCGGCGGGCCGUCCCCGGGGUACUGCGGCACCGCGUCGAGGGCGAGCGCGGAGGCGGAAGGAGCGGCGGCCGCCCAGGAGCCCGAGGCCCGGACGGAAACCGCGGAGGGCGGGGAGGCCGCGGCCUAGAGCGGCGCUGCGGCGCGGUGGGCGGGCUUAAGGCGAGCGCGGCGGCGAUUGGCCGGCGGCCCGGCGUCGCCUGUGACGCACCGCGCGGGGAGGGUGCGCGCGCCUUCAGCGGCCUCUUUGUGUGGUGUCCUGAUAGGGGAGCGGAGGUGGCGGCCGCGGCGGCCCUGGUAGGGUUCCAGCGUCCUCGGCUCGCCCUCGGGCCGGCAGCGCGCCCCUUCCCUCCCCCUCCCGCCCCUUCCCCGCCGGCGGCGGCGGCGGCCGGGCCCGGGCUCCGACGAGGCCUCGGCGACCGCUAACGGCGACGGCGACGCCGCGGAGCGCGCAGGGCGGGGGCAGGGCCCGGGCGGCCGACAUGGAGAACUCUCAGCUCUGUAAGCUGUUCAUCGGCGGCCUCAACGUGCAGACGAGCGAGUCGGGGCUGCGCGGCCACUUCGAGGCCUUCGGGACGCUGACGGACUGCGUGGUGGUGGUGAACCCCCAGACGAAGCGCUCCCGCUGCUUCGGCUUCGUGACCUACUCGAACGUGGAGGAGGCGGACGCCGCCAUGGCCGCGUCGCCGCACGCGGUGGACGGCAACACGGUGGAGCUGAAGCGCGCCGUGUCGCGCGAGGAUUCGGCGCGGCCCGGGGCGCACGCCAAGGUGAAGAAGCUGUUCGUGGGCGGCCUCAAGGGCGACGUGGCGGAGGGCGACCUGAUCGAGCACUUCUCGCAGUUCGGCGCGGUGGAGAAGGCGGAGAUCAUCGCCGACAAGCAGUCGGGCAAGAAGCGCGGCUUCGGCUUCGUCUACUUCCAGAGCCACGACGCGGCCGACAAGGCGGCGGUGGUGAAGUUCCACCCGAUCCAGGGCCACCGCGUGGAGGUGAAGAAGGCGGUGCCCAAGGAGGAUAUCCACGCGGGCGGCGGGGGCGCGCGGGCGGCCCGGGGCGGGCGCGGCGGCGGCCGGGGCCGCGGCGGCGGCGGCGGCGGCCGAGACCAGAACGGGCUGGCCAAGGGCGGCGGCGGCGGCGGCGGCGGCUACAACAGCUACGGCGGCUACGGGGGCUACGGCGCCUACGGGGGCGGCGGCGGCGGCGGCUCGUAUGGCGGCGGCAGCGACUACGGCAACGGCUUCGGCGGCUUCGGCAGCUACAGCCAGCACCAGUCCUCGUACGGGCCGAUGAAGAGCGGCGGCGGCGGCGGAGGCGGCGGCAGCUGGGGCGGCCGCAGCAACAGUGGACCGUACAGAGGCGGCUAUGGCGGCGGCGGCGGCUACGGCGGAGGCUCGUUCUAGAAGCCGGGUUCCGGAUGCCGGCGACGGGCGCGGCCAUUCUCGCCCUCCCUCCGCGCCCGCCCCAGGCGCCCUCGGGGGAGCCGCUUACCCUGGGGGGCACGACCCCCCUCGCUUGCCUGCCCGUCCCCCCCAGCCACCCACCCCCCCCGAAGGUGGACUCGGCCCCACACACACAUUUUUGUGUUACAGUCAUUGAUGGACUCUAUUUUUUUAUUAUUACUUGGACCUUGGUCGUUUUUAUACUAGCAAAAAUGUCUUGUUUUAAUUUGUGUUUUUUUUUUCCGGGGGGCGGGUGGGCGGGCGGGAGUGAACUUGCUGAUUCUGUAGCAAAACCUGGGUGGGGGUUGGGCGGGAGGGUAGUUUACUUUGUUGUAAGGACUUGAUACCUGGCUACAGCGUUUUCUAUGAAACCUACUUGGAUCCCAUGCCUGAAAUUUGGAAGCAUAUGUACAAAAAUCAUUUUUACGUUUUAUUUUUAAUAAAUCAUUGUGUUUGACCGUACAUGUCUAACAUUUUUUUUUCUAGGAUCCACUCCUUACCGUUUUAAAGGAUAUUUUUGUUAGGUUUUGAUGUGCACUUCGAGAAGCUUAAAGGAGGUCUUGUGGGUUCUUUUUUUUUUUUUUUCCCUGUUUUCUUCCUGUUUGCCCAGUUACUGAUGUGUUGAAAUUACCUUUUACAGACAAAAACUUUUUGAAGUGGUGGAUGUGGCUGUUUAGUUUCUGUGCAUCCAUCUCUUUGUAAUGAGCGAUUUGCUUAUCACCUUGACAUGGUUGGUUCUUUCUAUCAGAAUUUACUUCAAAACAUGUACUGUGUAGUUUUAAAAGAAAUAGUUUGUGUUUAAAGCAUGUGUUCUCAUUCAUAUAAACUGUUUAAAACUUUUUUAGAUGACCUAGUUUCUUCCUUAUUGGUUUGUCUGUAAUGAAUGGUUACAAAUAAGGGUUCUAUUUUACCCUAACACUAAGUGAGUUUUUAAAAAUGUAUUUUCAGAGCAGGUUUAAAAAAAAACGUUUCUUCCCUAAGUCUGAACUUUGUCCUCUUAAGUCCAACGGAUGUAGCACCAUCUGCUGGUAGAGUGGCAGUAUAGCUGCAAGACGGUUGGUUUGAAAAACCGACUUGUUCAGGACAAUUCAUCAGAUUUAGCAGUUUGCCAUCAGAAGUCUGCAGAGUCGAAGGUUCACACUUGUAGGUGAGACGGGCUUCCCAGGAGUGCAGUGAACAGCCCGUGUCAGUCACUUUUUCUACAUGAGAUUUGAAUAUGUAAACUGCUAUGCAUAGCUUGGGCAGUAGCCCCAAACUGCUCUGAUAGCUACUGAAGCAGCUGUGUGUACUGGGGUUUUAGGUGCAAGUUGUAAAACAAAAUUAUCUGUAUUCUGCUUGGUUAACGUGUAUUUGUAGCCCUUCAUGCAAUAGAAUUCAAGUUGUUGUUUAUAAAAAAAAAACAAAAACUGAUAAUAGAAGAAAAUUGCCUUCCUGGAUAGAAACAUAGAAUAGCAACGUUUAUGGAUAUCACAAAUAAAGAAUUCAAUUCUUACA